AUGGGCAGCUGUGUUCCGAGGGGUGGCCCCGCUGGUGCUGGUGUGGAUGUGGACGGACAAAGAGGUACUAUCUUACUGAGGAUAUCGUUUAGAUUUGCCAUUCAACGAAAACCUGGUGUACCUACGACCAAUCUGCAACUCCCCAUCCUUUUUCAGCUUCUUUUGUUGCCUGCGCACCUCUCUCUGGCAUAUAGCGGAGUCUCAAUCACAUUGAAUCAAGCGUUGGCUUGGGAUAUCAGAAUCUUCAAUCGGUACUCGAACUGCGAACUUGGUGGUGUUGCUGGAUUGGUGAAGGAAGUCGAUGAACUCAGGGUGUCUACUGCUUAUCGAUUCGGUGCUACCAUCCUAAUUGGUCUAUACCUUCCUGAUAUAUUCCAGACCCUAUUCCACAUGGAUUCCAUAUGGAUUAACCCAGGGAAGUAA